AUAUCCAGGAGCCUCGUCAUCCUCUCCCUCCAUUUUCUCUCAAACCCUAAUCCCCAAAUUUCCACUCCCAAAUCCAAUCUCUCUCUCAAAACCCUAAUUCCCUUAAUUCCCCCAAAUUACAGACUUUGCUCCCCCAAAUGCCCCCGAUUCUAACGGUGAACGGGAUCUCGAAGGUGAACGCUGGCGAUCUGAACCUAAAGCCGGUGGUUCAAGUGAUCGAGCUGAAAGCUGUUGGAUCGGGCGAGCGGUAUCGGAUCCUGGUAUCGGAUGGAUCCGAGACGCAGCAAGCGCUGCUGGCAACUCAGCUCAAUGAGAUCGUGAAGGGUGGGAGGUUGAAGAUUGGGUCAGUUGUGCAAUUGUUGGAGUACAUUUGUAGCACCGUUCAAAGUCGAAGGAUUAUUGUGGUUCUGAACUUGGAAGUUAUAAUUGUGGAGAAUGAAAUCAUUGGGAAUCCUAAGCUGCUUUCUGAGGUCCAACCUUCCUUUCUGAAUCCAUCAACUACGAAUAAUUCAGCACCCUCAAAACCUGUGUCACUCAAUGGGGCAUCUGGCUCUCAUCCUGCUUCAAGAUUCAAUGUGAAUCCAUCAACAAACCAGAGCGGAAACUCCAAUAACUUUCAGCCAACAGUCCAACCUUCUUAUAAGCCACCUCCCAACUACAGAAAUCAUGGAGCCAUUAUGAAGAAUGAGGCUCCUCCUCAAGUAAUCCCAAUAGCCGCUUUAAAUCCUUAUCAGGGUCGGUGGGCAAUUAAAGCAAGAGUGACUUCAAAAGGUGACCUUCGACGUUAUAAUAAUGCCAGGGGAGAUGGGAAGGUGUUUUCUUUCGACUUACUUGAUUCUGAUGGUGGAGAGAUUAGGGCAACUUGUUUCAAUGUUGUUGUUGAUCGCUUCUAUGAUGUUGUGGAGGCUGGAAAGGUAUAUUUAAUAUCCAAGGGAAGUUUAAAACCUGCUCAGAAAAACUUCAACCAUCUUAGUCAUCAAUGGGAAAUAUUUUUGGAAGCAACAUCAAUAGUGGAGCUCUGCCCAGAUGAAGACAGCUCUAUACCAGAACAGCAGUUCAAUUUCAGGCUCAUUAGCGAGAUUGAGAAUACGGAGAACAACUCAAUUUUAGAUGUUAUUGGCAUUGUCACAGCUGUUAAUCCUUCAGCAACUAUACUAAGGAAGAAUGGCAUGGAAACGCAGAGGAGAAUUCUUAACUUGAAGGAUAUCUCUGGUAAAAGUGUUGAGCUAACUCUAUGGGGAGAUUUUUGCAACAGAGAGGGCCGAGAUCUGCAAGAAAUGGUUGAUUCUGGGUUUUUUCCUGUUGUGGCUGUGAAGGCAGGAAAAGUUAAUGACUUCAGCGGGAAAUCAGUCGGUACAAUUUCUGCUACUCAACUCUUUAUCAAUCCUAAUUUCCCUGAGGCCAGUAAACUGAGAGAGUGGUUUGAUGAAGGAGGAAGGAAUAUUGCUUCACAGUCCAUCUCUAAAGAUGCAACUCCAGGAAUUCCCCGUAAUGAGGUCCGUAAAAAUGUCUCACAAAUUAAGGACGAGGGUCUUGGAAGAGGGGAAAAGCCUGAUUGGGUUACCAUCAAAGGAACUAUUUCAUUCAUAAAGACAGAUAAUUUCUGCUAUACUGCUUGCCCUUUGAUGAUUGGUGAUAAGCAAUGCAGUAAGAAAGUAACAAAAGUUGGUAACGGGAGAUGGUGCUGUGAUCGAUGUGAUAAGGAGUUUGAAGAGUGCGACUAUAGGUAUCUUCUUCAGGCUCAGGUGCAAGAUCAUACUGGAGUAACUUGGGUGACGGCCUUCCAGGAAUCAGGAGAGGAAAUUCUCGGUUGCUCAGCGAAGGAGUUGUAUAAAAUUAAGAAUGAAGAGAAUGAUGACGCAAGGUUUGCAGAAAUUAUUCGUCUGAGUAUCUUUGAGCAAUACCUCUUUAAGCUCAAAAUCAAAGAAGAGCUCUACGGAGAUGAGCAGCGGCUGAAAAUUACAGUUAUCAAAGCAGAGAAAGUGAAUCCAACCAUGGAGAGCAGAUACCUUCUUGAUUUGAUUAUGAAGAUGUGAUUAGAGAAUUUGAUUGAAUUUUUUUCACUGGAUAGUGCCUUUCGAUUUGUUGAAGUAUGGCUCUUGAAUUGUUAACUCUAGAAUUCAAUUGCCAACAUUGGUGCUAUCCUGGUUCAGAGUUACCAUUUUUAUAAGUCAAUCUUCACUUCAAUUUUUUUCAGAAUAUAUUGCUUCCCCUUCAUGCUAUAGUCAAACAAGAACUUACUGCAGCAGACUAUCUGUUGGUCAGUAAAUCUGCUGAAUCUAGUUUCAUCGGUUUAAGAGGACAAGGGAAAAAUCCCUUUUUACCACGAGAUAUGUUUCCUUCUAGUUCCAUAUUAACAGAGCUGCAAGUUUGACCUAAAAAGAUUUGAGUCAUGAAGAUUUGGAUUCAACAGAUGAGUUCUAGUUGUAAGUAUCAACAGUUCUUUAUUCUUUUGUAUGCUUUAGAUAUUGUUUUUCGGAAAUUCAUCCAGUUGUAUUCUAAGAGAUAGAAUGAGACAUGGUCGUGGUUAAUACUAUGUACUAAACCAAAUGUUGAGAUCAGUUUGCUGGCUUCCUGUGUAGUUCUUCUAUUUUCUUUGAUAGAAUGAACAGUCGAGAAGUUAAUUUC